CUUCUCUCGGUUCAAAACAAAAACGAAGUUUGCUUUGUCGCUGAGUAAUGAACGUCCAUUAAAAUUUCCUUGAAAGGAGGAGUAGAGUUAUAGAAUCGGUUUGAGGUUUGUUUUUUGCUUUUAAAAAUUAUUGCUAUGGAUCUUGAGCUGUCGGUCAGCUCUGACGGCAAUGAAACAUUCCAACUGCUAACACCAAAAGUAGAGGACAUUAAAGAAGAGGAAUAUGAUAUGAUCACAUCAUCACACAUCAAGACGAGGAGACGCCGCUCGCAUCGCUGCUCUGUAAAACGGAGUCUCGAGGCUCUAAUAAAGCAACACAAACAGCGGAGGUUGAAGUGAAAUUAGAAAUCAAUGAGGAUGAAGAAUACCAAGAGAAUGAAGACGAACACCAACAUUAUUCUCUUCGGGAAGGUGUAUCAGAAUAUCCAGAUGGAACACAACAGAUGAUUGAUGGACAGAAUGAUGAACUCAACCUGCACCUCCUAGAGGGACUGUACCACUGCGCAGACUCCAGGAAGAGUUUUACAGCCCUGAAAGAACUCGAGAAACACCAGGAAAGGCAUUUUUGUGUCGUUGAUCAAUGGCCGAACACUGGCAAAGAACCACAUGAAUGUCACCACUGUGGAAAAGCCUGUUCGCAUAUUUCUCAUUUAAAAUCCCACAUGAGAACUCACACUGGAGAGAAGCCUCAUAAAUGUGUCCAGUGUGGAAAAACGUUUACACAAAUGUCAAGUCUUAGAUCUCAUAUGCUUAUUCACACUGGAGAGAAGCCUCAUGUAUGUGAUCAGUGUAGAAGAGCUUUUAUCCAAAUGUCAAAUCUUAGAUCCCACAUGCGAACUCACUCUGAAGAGAAGCCACAUCAAUGUGCCCAGUGCGGAAAAGCAUUUAGACACAUUUCAAAUCUUAGAUCCCACAUGCUUAUUCACACCGGAGAGAAGUGUCAUGUAUGCGCCCUGUGUGGGAAGGCUUUUCAUCAAGCAUCAGGUCUUAAAAGCCACAUGCUAAUACACACUGGAGAGAAGCCUCACAAAUGUGCCCAGUGCGGACAGGCAUUUGAAAGGGCCGCAGCUCUUAGACGCCAUCUGCUAAUCCACACUGGAGAAAAGCCUCAUCGAUGUGAGCAGUGUGGAAAAGCUUUUGAAAGGGCCACAACUCUCAAACAGCACAUGUUUACACACACUGGAGAGAAGCCUCAUAAAUGUGCCCAGUGCGGAAAAGGUUUUUACCAAACUUCGACUCUUAAUCAGCACCUGCGAACUCACACUGGAGAGAAGCCUCACGAAUGUGUUCACUGUGGAAAAGCCUUUACACAAACUUCAAAUCUUCGAUCCCACAUGCUAACUCACACCGGAGAGAAGCCUCACGUAUGUGCGCAGUGUGGAAAAGCCUUUUCGCACAUUUCCAAUUUGAAGUCCCACAUGCGAACUCACACGGGAGAGAAGCCUUAUCAAUGUGCCCUGUGUGGAAGGGACUACAUCUCAACUUCAGCUCUUAAAAGCCACAUGCGAACUCACACUGAAGAGAAGCCGUACCACUGUGCCCAGUGUGGGAAAGCAUUCAAAAGGGGCCCGGCUCUUAAAAGCCACCUGCUCACACAUACUGGGGAGAAGCCUCAUUAAUUAGUGAAAUUAUACUAUUAUAUGGAAGUGUGUGAAAUUAUAGUAAAGAAUGAUGUCUAUAUAAUGUAUGUAUUUAUUUAUGUUCACUGUACAUGUUAAUGAGUUGGAAGAAUUGUAUUUUUUUAUGUUUUGCUUCGUAUGCUUGUGUAUUACUAUUACAUUACAUUACAUGGCUGACG